AAUAAUUUUUAAAAAAUUAAUUGAAAAUAUUUGAAUUCAAAAAUAAUAAAAGUGUUUUUAAGUUUGAGGUUAUUUUAAAAUCGUAUGAAAUAAAUAAUUUAAUUAAUUUAAAAAGUAAUACGAAUUUUAAUUAGUGUGUUAAUUAAAUAAUUAAAUAAUUAAAAUGCCGGAAAUAAAAAUAAAUAAUAUAAUUGUUAAUUUUCCAUUUGAACCUUACGAUGUACAAAAAACUUAUAUGUCAAAAGUUAUCGAAUGUUUACAAAAUAAAAAACAUGGAGUACUCGAAUCACCUACAGGAACUGGUAAAACUUUGUGUCUUUUAUGUUCAUCAUUGAGUUGGUUGAUGACAAAGAAAGCGCAUCUGCAGGCGCAGAUGCUCGUCGGGGCUGUGGACAAUCCGGAGUUUGGCGGUAAAUUUUUUGAAAAAUUAAAAAAAGACUUGGAGAUGGCAAGUGGAGGUGGAAGUGCUGAUGGAGAUGGGAGUGAAGGUGGAGGAGGUGGAGGGGUGGGAAAAAGCCAAGGGUUCGGGUGGUCGCAGCCGAAGAUCAUUUACGCCUCGCGAACUCACUCGCAGCUGACUCAGGUGAUGGGCGAGUUAAAGAGGACGAGCUUCAAGCAUCUGAAGGUCGCAGUUAUCGGAUCGAGGGACCAGUUGUGUAUUCAUCCGGAGAUUUCUAAAGAGAGCAACUCGGCUGAUAAAAUUCAUCUGUGUCAGGCCAAAGUUAGGACGCGCUCGUGCAUGUAUUACAAUAAUGUGGAAAACAGAAAAGAAGAAGCGAUUUUCAAAGACACAAUUUGCGACAUCGAAGACCUAGUGAAAGCGGGAACAAAAUUCAAAUGCUGCCCUUAUUUCAUGGCCAAGGAGCUGAAACAGUCUGCAGACAUAACAUUCAUGCCAUACAACUACCUCCUGGACGCCAAAACCCGUCGCUCCCAGGCCAUCGACCUGCAGAACCACAUAAUCCUCCUCGACGAAGCGCACAAUGUCGAAAAAACCUGCGAGGAGUCAGCGUCCCUCCAGAUCUCCAGCACGGACAUCGCUCUCUGCAUCGACGAGAUCUCCUCAGUAAUGAAGCGCCUGCUCGAGGAAGAAGAAUCUCCCGACAUCGGGUUCGACGACAAGGAAGCGCAGAAAGAUUUCACCGCCGACGACCUCUGCCUCCUGAAGAGCAUCUUCCUGGCCCUAGAGUCAGCCAUCGACGCCCUGGUCAUCAAAGAACCCAAGGGUGACACCUAUCCCGGGUCAUUCAUCUUCGAACUCCUCGAGUCCGCGGAACUCACCUCCAAGGAACUCCAGGUCGCGGACAAACUGGACAAGAUCGUCCUCUGGCUCUCCACGACCUCGACGUCGCCCUUCGCCCGAGCAGGUCGCGCGCUCCAGAAGUUCUCUGACUUUAUCCGCACAGUCUUCACCAGCUCCGCGUCCUCAAUGUCCCGUCACCGUGAGCGAAUCCGCGACUGCUACAAGAUCUUCAUCACCCCCGAGCCCACCAAGUCCAAGAAAGACGGCUGGAACGCGACGAAACCCGUCAACCAAUCAGCCAAGUUGAUCAGCUACUGGUGCUUCAGUCCCGGGUUCGGGAUGCGGCAACUCCUAGAGCUCGGUGUCCACUCGAUCAUCCUGACCAGCGGAACCCUUUCGCCCUUGAAGCCGUUCAUCUCCGAACUGGGAAUCCCCAUCGACGUCCAACUGGAAAACCCCCACAUCGUCGCGACCAAGCAAAUCAGCAUCGGGGUCCUGGGUCAGGGUCCCGACGGCCAUCCUCUGAACUCUUCCUUCAACACCAGGAACGACCCCAAGUACAUCUCCAGCCUCGGGAGGACGAUCUUCAACUUCAGCUGCCUCAUUCCUCAUGGACUCCUGGUCUUCUUCCCCUCGUACCCGAUAAUGAAGAAGUGCUGCGACGACUGGCAGCAAACCGGCAUCUGGAGUACCAUCUGCGCUAAGAAGCCCGUCUUCGUCGAGCCUCAGGGUAAGGACACAUUCAAUGCCAUUAUCAAUGAUUACUAUGCUAAGAUUAGAGACCCAGCAGCCAGGGGCGCCAUUUUUCUCGCGGUCUGCAGAGGAAAAGUCAGUGAAGGUCUUGAUUUUUCUGACAAUUACGGCCGCGCUGUGUUGGUAACCGGUCUGCCUUAUCCGCCGAUGAUGGACCCCAGGGUCCUGCUCAAGCAGAAAUAUUUAGACGAGGUCAGGGUCAAAAACAAGGGAGGUCUAACUGGCGCCCAGUGGUACCAAUUAGAGGCCUCCCGGGCGGUUAAUCAGGCAGUGGGGAGAAUAAUUCGACAUAUUGGUGAUUUUGGCGCCAUUAUUUUGUGCGACUGCAGGUUCAAUGGCGCCCAGUUCAAGGAACAUUUGUCCAAGUGGUUGAAGCCCUACGUCAAAAAUUACAGUAAUUUUGGGAUGGUGACGAGAGAGCUGAGGGAUUUCUUUAAAAAUGUUGGGGUCUGUGUUCGAAAUGAGCGCGAGGUAUCGACAGUCGAUAGGUUGCCGACGGUCGGUAGGCUACCGGCGGUCGGUAGUACAGAGGCCGGUAGUGCAGUGAGGGCUGGCAGGAGUGGGGGUGAAGUCAGGGAGGAAAAUGUCGAUCUGGGAGCUUACAAAAGUGAGGGUCAGGAUAAAAGUGAUAAGGGUACGAUUAAUUUUGUCACCAGCAAAGUUAAGGGCAACUGGAGUGGGAGGAGUUGGGAGGCUACGAAAGAAGAGGGCGACUCUGUUGCUAAGAAAAGGAAACUUAAGAUACAGAAGUUCGAGGUUAAUUAUUUAGAGGCCGAUAACUCAGUCGGUAAAAUGGAAUCGACGGUCGGUAAAACAGAUUUUAAUGUUGGGAGAGGGGAUUUGAAGGCUGGGAGUGGGGGUAAGAGUAAAGGUGGGGGGUCUGGAAGGACGAUGGAGACAGGAAGUGCCGGUAAGGAAGAAAAUUCGGUAAAUAGAGCGGGAAAUUCAAAUGGAAAAGUGGAAAAAAAUGAUGAUAAGAAAUCAAUUGGACAGAAAUAUUUGAAAAGUGUAAAAAAAUCGUUGACGAAAGAAAAUUUUCAAAUUUUUGCUAAAAUUAUUGAGAGUUAUCGCGCUCAGGGUAAUUUUAGUGAGUUGUGUAAGACAUUGGAAAAAUUAUUUUUGGAAAGUGGAAAGGAAAUGAAAGACUUGUUUGUGGGGUUCAAGACUUUUUUGAAAAAACAGCAUAUUGAGGAGUUUGAUAAUUACUGCAAGCGUUUUAAGUUGUUGUGA